UUUAUAUUAAUAUUAUUAAAAAGUUGACAACAAAUGACUAGAAAAUGAAAUUAAAAUUCAAUAUGCUUUUUCAUCCGAAGUGUUAUUUGUGUAAAAAUUCCUCAUCUACGACCUUACAAAAAAGCCCAAGAUGGAAAAAGCCAAUUUUUGCCCCAAAUCGACAAGGCGCCAAUUUCAAAACCCGCCAAAUUUCCCGCAAAAAAAAAAAGAAAAAAAGAAAAAGCGAAGAGUGUUGCUUAGGUUCUUCUCGUUUUCUUCUGAUUCCAAAUCUCAGAAAUACUCUUGAAAUCGGAAUGGCCCUAUGACAAAAUUUUCAUACGACAUUUACGAUAUACAACUUGUGCAAGGUAAAAGUUUGAGAGGAUAUCGAAGAAACGGAGAAAUUGAAGCAUGCAGUCAAAGAUAAACAGGUUCUUCAAGCCCUCUUCUUCAUCUCCUACGCCCAAGAGUGCAGACGCAUCUCAAUGUUACAGCAUUGAGUUCGAUUAUGGGAGGGUACAGCCAGAAAUUCUGGUCACAUACCAACGAAGACCUCAAAAUUCAAUUUGUGAAAGGAAUGAUGCAUCAACCGAUGAAGCAUCCAAAGAAAUAGACUUGGAGAAUAUUAUGCCAAACCUGGGAACUGCAAAGUCAGGGAAAGUUCAGAAUAAGAAGAGAAAGUAUGCCCAAUUCUAUUUGGAAUUGGGUCAGUCUGAUUUCUUAUUACAUACUUGUACUGUCUGUGGCUUCAAGUAUGCCAGAGGUGAUGAAGGGGAUGAAAAGUUUCAUAAGACGCUUCACAAGAAUUAUACGCAUGGUAUUCCAUUUAAGGGCUGGCAGAAUGAAAGAGAACUUCGAAUUCCUUCACUCGAAAUUGGACGAAUUGUCCUGGUGCUGGACGAUGACCCUCCUCCCCAGAGAAACAAGGUACAGGAAGCUGUGAAGAUGAUGGAGAUGGAACUUGGAGAUGGGUGGAUAUAUCAUCAGCUAUGCAAGGUGUAUCUGCUUAUAUCUUCUCAAAGAAUAUCUGGUUGUCUUGUAGCAGAGCCCAUAAAGAAGGCUUAUAAGAUUCUCCCAAGACCAGGGGGCAGCAGGUGUAAUGUUUCACCCGAGAAGGAAGCAAGACAGACUUCAACUAUACUCCAAUUUGGGGGAGUGAGUUUCCAGAGGGAAAUGGUAAGAAGAAAUCACUCUACCAAAAGUCGUGAAGAGUCCGAUGAAAGCAUCAGUGGAGUAGUCUUGUGUGAGAAGGAAGCAGUAUCUGCGUUAUGUGGCAUUAGAGCCAUUUGGGUUACUCCCUCCAAUAGAAGAAAACACAUAGCCAGCUAUUUGCUGGAUGCUGCUAGGGAAAGUUUUUGCAAGGAUUUAGUUCUUAAACGCUCAGAGUUAGCCUAUUCUCAGCCAACCUCAGUUGGAAGGGCCUUUAUCUCCAGUUAUACAAACAGUGACUCAUUCUUGGUUUAUACGCCUUCUGAUGUGUAAUAAGAAUUUAGAAAUAGCAUGCUGAUCUUUUCCAGCCAAGUAUAUUUCAGUUCUAGUAAUUUAUUGGAUAAUCCAUCUACGUUCAUGGGUGGAAACUUACUGAUUUAUUUGUUUUAACUUUGUCAAACGAAGCUAUUCUUACCCAGAUUUCUAUUCUACUAAUAACCUUCUCGCUAUCAAGAAAACAUCAGAUUUCUAGCAGAUGGUUGUAAUAUCUUUAACUGGAA